CCGACACAAACUAGUUAUACCACCAAUCGCGCCAUUUCACUUACUAAACCAGUUAAACAACCUUAGUCAAUUCACUUGCUCGAUCGGACCAUAGACUAAACUGGGUUGACAACCUUAAGUAAGAGCCUAAAAUAAUUUUAAAGGCUCAAUUGCAAGUUUGGUCACUCGAAUUGCUACAAAAUUUCACGUUUGCCACUCAAAUGAAUUUAUUCCAUUUAUAGUCACUUAAAUUAGUUUAACAACCCAAGUUUGGUCACUGGCCGUUGGUCUCCGUUAACUUUUGCUGAUGUGGCGGUCAACUCUUAUAGUUGACCGCUAAAUACAUGACAUGCCUCCGAAGUCAAGGUUUCGAGGAAUGCCUUUGACUGUUUGGAGAUUGGAAGAAGAUCACCAGUCUUGGAGCAAACAAUAUGAAAUGGUGUUGAAGAAGACGUGGACAUCGUCAUCAUCAUCACUGUGUAAAUAUGACCUUGAGAAUUGUUCUGUAGUUGAUCUGCAUCCCGAGAAGCCCGAAAUCGUCUUCUUAGUCCACUUGGAUGAUGAUUCUCAUGUUGAUACUGUCUUGUCCUGCAAUUUGAGGAUGGGGACCGGAGAGCUAGAGUUCUUUUUCCGAACUAAAUUGCUAUAUACCUAGUUGGAGGGCGUUGCAGCCUUACAGUCUCUUGCUGGCCUACUCCAAUUCCAAAGUACGAGGACUUGCGAGGUCUCUACGAUGGAAGCCACGAUUCUUUGGUGCAGAACAACAACAGUUUUAACAACACUUCCCCUCAAUCAUAGCCAUAGGUAAUAAACUCGAGUUUACCUUUAUUCAUAGCCUCUCUUCUCUGCCAUUGUGUAUCUGCGUACAUCUCAUCCCGUUAUUCUUUCGAUUUCUUCUUUUAUGGGGCGUGGCUUCUAAUAUCUUGUAACCUGUCUCGUUUAUGUUGUGGGUCGGCAGCAUUACAGUCGAAGCGUCGUUGUGUUCGUAAGCAGAAGGUGGUGAAACGCUUGCGUCCUAAUCAGGAUCAAGGACGUACGUAGAAGAAAAUCAUCUCCGUGAAUCAAAGGGAAAGGAGCCUGAUCAAAUUGUUAGGUGCUGUUGGAUCGCUUGUGUUCUGUUCCAAGAUGACGAUGGAAGAAGAAUGCCUUGAUUGGAAAGGUAAAAAAGCAUGCCAGCAGUGUCUGGAAAUAUGGUAAGUGUACAGAGAUUUCACAGUUAGCUCUCAACUGGAACAUCAUCUUCUUGUUUACAGAUGUUGUGAGCGUGGAUCUUAUUCAAUCUCCUUGUAUACAGCUCUCCUUGUUCACAGUUAACUCAGAUAUCAGUGUUUCGAAUAUUGCAUUUAGAAUUUUAGUAUUGAACAUGCAUAAUUCUUAAGUCGGUAUUUAUUUUUUAGAAUUACCAUGAACCAAUCCUGUUCAAUAGGCGGACGAGACAGAAAAAAACACAUGCUCUCUACAUGAUUCAAAUCAAUAUACGGGUAAUAUUGCUAAUCAACAGGGAUCGAAUAAUUGUAUUAAUGAUUUUUGCUUCAUUAUUAUUGUAAAACUCUAAGUUAGUUUUCAUGAUCUAAACUUAACUUUAAAAAUGACAACUGAGAUUAAAUUUUUUAAAUUAUAGAUUGUAUCGGACGCUUAUUAUUAUUAUUUUUUUGAUGGAGUAUCGGACGCUUAUUUUGUUAUGCCCUAUACACCUGAUUUUUUUCUUCUAUCAAAACGAAAAUUAUAAAAAAAUUCAGCUAACUGAUUGAAUCAAAAGCUAGUACCAUUAUAAGUAAGUGUUGGCACUCUAUCUCUUGGGAGCAUAUCAGGUCAAUAACCUUUAUGGUGAGUAACCAUCAGUAAUCUGUCUACAUCUGCAUGCCAUCAGUAUCCCCUCUCCUGGAAAGUCUUUUAUAUUUUCCCCUUUAAUCUUUAAUGGACGAUUUCUCUCUCGUUUUAAGUUGAAAUUUUUUUUUUUUUUGCACAGAUAAAUCAAAUUAAAUGUGUUCUUUAAAAUGAUAUCCACUUUAAUAUAUUUUUAGUACAAAAAAAUUGAAUAAUUUUUUACCAGUCAUUACCAUAUGAUAUGCUCAUAUUUAAUACCAUAUGGUAAGAAAGCGUACCAUGAUGGUAUGAACAUACCAAUAUGGUAAGAAGGUUGAAUACAUGGUAGUAGGAGUAUACUAACUGUCAUUUACGACUUUCAUCAUUGUUUACCACAAGUUACCACCCACAUACCAUAGUGGUAAAGUAUGGUAAUUUUUGGUCCAGUAUUUUUUUCACCCAUAAAUUUGUAGAUCCAAUAAAUCAUGAUGAACUCGCUCCUUCUGAUCAAACGUUUUAAAAAACGACUUAAAAACGAAGAAGUUACCAUAUGAUAUGUAGUUGGUAAAAAAAUUUCUCUCGAAAUAUACAGAAAAUUGAUCUCAUUUUGUAGAACACAACGAACUCGUUCCAUGUGAGCAAAAAAAAAAAAAAAAAGAAAUCUGAGUUAAAACGAAGAAGAUAAGAGCCCAUUAUGAAAACUAGGGAAAAUAAAAUGCCUUUAAUUGA